UCCCCGUCUUCAACUAAAACCCUCCAAAAUCCAUCCGCAGGAAACUAGUAAGAAUCAUGAGCUCCUUCAACAACACCGCCAAUUUUGAUAAUCUUCUCCUUCAAACUCUGAUGGGCAGGCUCCAAAUCCGGCCCCAAAGCAACAACAAUCCCAUUCUCGCCCAAUCUCUCGAAGACCUUCUCUUCGAUGCAGCCAAUCUCUCCGAUGACGACAACGACGAGAACAAAACGCAGCUCGCCAAAGAGGAAUCGAUGCUCGAGAAAGAGAUUAUUCGCGUGAUUCUCGGUGGGAAUACCGAUUCACUAAAACCUAAUUCCGGCCAGGCUGUUACGAUCGGCGAGCACCAUAUAUGCGUGGGGUUUCAUGAGGAGAAGGAUUCAGAUUAUCGAGUUUGGGAAUGGCAUGGGCAUAUUAUGUUGUUUGAUGAAGAAAAUGGGUACUCGCCGGAGUAUAUUUAUGGGAAUUACUUUGAGAGGCUUCAGGGGAAGGUCAAUCGCGAGUUGAAUAAAAAGGAGGCGGAAGAAGAAGAAGAAGAAGAUGAUGAUGAAAAAGAAGAGAAUCUGAGCAAAUUGGGUCUUCGGGAGUUGAUUGACGGUGGUGAUUCGAGUGGCGGUCGCAUUCUGCAUCGCAAUGUCAAUGCCAGUUCUCAAAGGUUUUAGUCAGCUGAGUUGCGGUCUUUCGAUCAUAGAAAGUAGUUCGGAUGCCGAAGAACGCUGCUAACGAUCAUCAUUUUACAGAUUGCACCUGGGUGUUUCUGCAGUCAGGACACUGAACUUUUUGUGUAAGUUGGACAGUAAAUGAAAAGAGAUGAAUACAUAGAUUCAGUGACAUUGGCUUUGUUUGAUCUGUUUCUUCUCCAUCCUUUUGAAUAAUUAAUUGCUUUUUGCUCUUUUCAGUUCA